CCCUGGCCUAGUGAGGUAACCCCGGACAUAAUCCAAGGGGGGGGGGGACACCUUCACCGUCACCGCCGCUUUCAGGGAACCUGGUGCGUGCCCAACUACAGGAAAUGGACGCCCUGCUCACGCAAACGGCAACUCCAGCGUCUGCUCUGGCUUCCUCACCUCCGUCCUCCAGCCCUCCGACUGGCGCGGCGGCCACCGCGAGCUCCUCGCCAGAGCGCCCCCUGAAGGACAUCGAGAAGCAGCUCGAGGAUUCCACCUCGUCGCUGCCCCAGCUCACAGUAAUGGCCUCGGCACGCAAAUCGUUGCAAGAUCAGCUGGGCGACGUGGUCGCCCGCGUCCGGAGUUCGGCACGUCCUGGAGCUCGCCUGGACGGAGCCGUGGUGGCCCUCUAGCGUGCUCGUGCAGUUCCCGCAGGGCAGCGGCGGAGGAAGAGGAGGAGGAAGGAGCAGGAGGAGGAGGAGAGAAGGGAGGAGGAGGGAGGAAGAGGAGGAGGCGGGAGGAAGCACGCGGGGCGCUGCCGUUUCAAGGCGUGGAUGCUGUCGCUUCAAAAAUUGUUGAGGACAAUUGUUUGAAAUACCAGAACCUGUCUGCAUUCGAGCAAAUCCUACCAAACUGCUGCAGAACUCGAGCGCCGUGCGCCAGACCGCUGGUCUGGAUGGGAGGCAGGGCCUCUGGUUCUGUGAAUCCUAUCGCACGAACAGGGUUCGCAACUGUGAGUAUUGAAUAUAGAUAGCAGCGUCGCCGUCAAGCGUGACGGGACAGCUUAAGAGUACCCGACUCGUACCAUGACUUCUAAGGAAGCUGCGACUCCGCGGUUAUACGGAGGCGUAGAUGGAACAAAAACAAGCAAUACCAUGGAGGCUUUGCCCACUGCCGCCUACUGCAAAAACUGCCGUUCGCCUCGCCGAUUACAACGAGACCUUCGUAGUCGUGACGGCGCAGUCGCCCCUAUCGUCUCCAGAAUCGUUGGAGUCGUUACCGUUCCCGCGCGUCUGCCUCCUCGGCGACGUCGGCGGCGCUGGCGGUCUCGGAGGCGAGGCCGACUCUGUCCGACUCUCAUGCUGGGUGUGGGCCAGCGGGUGAGACAACGCCCCUUCGCAAGCGGCAUCCACCACCUCCACACCUUCGUCGCCGUGUCGCUGUUCCUCGCCUUCAUCGCGGCCCAGUUCUCCGUCACCAUCCGCUGCCGCCGCCGCGUCGCUGACUUGCUCUUGGGCGGCCGGGCGCCGCCGGGCGGGGGGAUGGCCGCCCGGACGGGCUGGUCGGACGUGAGGCCGGCGAUAUGUACUCGGGGAUGUGGGCCACGCGGUCCAAGAACGACGGGAGCCCGUCGACAUCCUUGGAAGCGGACCGCGCUCGGUGGCCGAGGGCCUCUGGCCGGCGUGCCCCGGCGGCUGGCCCGCGCCAGCGCACGCCGCCUGGCGGGCGCUGGCGGAGGCAGACCACAGGUCCUCGGACGAGCCGGCGGCGCGCGCGGGGCGGCGGGGCCCUCGCACUGCAGGGGGCUCCGAAGGCGAAGGCAGGAUCGGGGCAGCACUGGGUCGGGAUACCUCG